CUCGUGUCCGGGAGGCAUUAGACACUUGUCGCCUCCACCAGCAAGUGAAGAAACCCACAAGAAACACUACACCCUCUCUAGUCGCUGCCUAAUUUUCAUUUUUGUUUUAUUAAAAAAAAUAAAGUUUAGAUAGAAGUAGUGAGAUUCCAUUCUGAUCUUCUUCAAUCGGAUAAAAGUUACGAAACUCGUUGAUUGAGUCAGCCGUUGCCACUACUUAGAAGAUUUUCAAAAAUGGACUCUCAUUGGGACUUCAAGAACUUUGGAAAUACCUCACCAGGACAAGGAAGCGUUAGAAAGUCACUAGAGAAUCCCCCCUUGGUUCGCCAGUCUUCAGUAUACUCAUUAACCUUCGAUGAAUUCCAAAAUACCUGGGGUGGUGGACUUCAGAAAGAUUUUGGAUCAAUGAACAUGGACGAGCUGUUGAAAAACAUAUGGACUGCUGAAGAGACCCAAGCAAUGACAAAUACAGUUGGUGUGGGUGGAGAAGGAAGCACCCCAGAUGGGAAUUUACAGAGACAAGGGUCUUUAACUUUGCCUAGGACACUAAGUCAAAAGACUGUUGAUGAGGUUUGGAGAGACUUGAUAAAAGAAACCAGUGGUGGUGCAGGAUCCAAUUUACCACAAAGGCAACAGACUUUAAGAGAGAUGACUCUGGAGGAGUUCUUGGUGAGGGCUGGGGUAGUGAGAGAGGAUACUCAACAAAUUGGAAGGCCUAAUAAUAGUGGAUUCUUUGGUGAACUAUCGCAAUUAAACAACAACAACAACAACAACACUACUGGUUUGGCUCUUGGCUUUCAGCAGCCAAAUGGAAACAAUGGGCUUAUGGGUACUGGGAUAAUGGAGGACAAUUUAGUUUCUAACCAGCCUUCUAGUUUAGCUCUGAAUGUGGGUGGAAUCAGACCCUCUCAGCAACUACCGCAGCCACAGCAGCAGCAGCCUCUCUUUCCCAAGCCAGCAGCAACUGUGGUGUUUGCAUCACCUUUACACGUGGCAAACAAUGCUCAGCUUGCUAGCCCUGGAGUGAGAGGAUCAGUUGUUGGGAUUGCAAAUCGAUCUGUGAACAAUGGUCUAGCUCACAGUAGAGGAAUGGGAAUGGUUAGUUUAGCAGCUAGAGGUGUUACAGUCGCAACAGGAUCUCCUGCAAACAGGAUAUCACCGGAUGUGAUUGCAAAGAGUAAUGCUGACACAUCUUCACUAUCGCCAGUUCCUUUUGUAUUUAGUCGGGGAAGGAAACCCAGCGCAGCUCUGGAGAAGGUUGUUGAGAGAAGGCAGAGGAGAAUGAUUAAAAACAGAGAGUCAGCUGCAAGAUCACGGGCUCGCAAGCAGGCCUAUACAUUAGAGCUGGAAGAUGAAGUUGCAAAACUUAAAGAGCUGAACAAAGAAUUACAGAGAAAACAGGCUGAAAUAUUUGAAAUGCAGAAAAAUCAGUUCUUAGAGACAAUGAAAGCGCAGUGGGGAGGUAAAAGACAAUGCUUACGAAGGACACUGACUGGACCUUGGUAGAGUUGAUAAAUUGAUUGUGGAUAGUAGAAGCAGUGCU